AUUUAAUUAAAAUUAUGGUAAUAAACUAGUUUCUUUACAAUAAGAAACAGUACUACAUGUAAAUGAAUUAAACUAACCUUUCAACUCAUUCUAAAAGAAAAAUAUGGCGAAACGAGCAACUUCCUUCUGUCUCCUCCUAACAUGUGUUCUUGUCUCGUUUUUGAGUUCAGUCUCAGCAGUGACAGAUGAUCUUCACGAUAAACAAGUGUAUGUUGUCUACAUGGGCUCACUUCCAUCUCGAGUGGAAUACACACCAAUGUCACAUCAUAUGAGUAUUCUUCAAGAAGUCACCGGGGAAAGUUCGAUGGAAGGUCGUUUGGUAACAAGUUACAAGAGGAGUUUCAAUGGGUUUGCAGCCCGGCUCACUGAGUCAGAACGAGAAAGAGUAGCCGAAAUGGAGGGAGUUGUGUCUGUGUUCCCGAGCAAGAAUUUACAAAUUCAAACAACUGCGUCUUGGGAUUUCAUGGGGUUGAAGGAAGGAAAGAAUACAAAGCGAAACUUGGCUGUAGAAAGUGAUACUAUCAUCGGAGUCAUCGACAGUGGAAUUUGGCCGGAAUCUGAGAGCUUUUCCGACAAAGGCUUUGGUCCUCCUCCCAAAAAAUGGAAAGGUGUUUGUUCCGGUGGCCAAAACUUCACAUGCAACAACAAGUUGAUCGGAGCAAGAGAUUACACAAGCGAAGGCACUAGGGACAGCCAAGGACACGGUACACACACAGCGUCUACAGCAGCCGGAAACGCAGUUUCAGAUACAAACUUCUUUGGAAUAGGCAAUGGAACAGCAAGAGGCGGCGUUCCAGCCUCUAGAAUCGCAGCUUACAAAGUGUGCACUGAGACAGAGUGUACCCCGGCAUCUGUACUGUCUGCGUUUGAUGAUGCCAUAGCAGACGGUGUUGACAUCAUCAGCAUCUCUAUCGGGGGCGACGAGCCCUCCACGUAUGAAAAGGACACAAUUUCGAUCGGGGCUUUCCAUGCUAUGGCCAAAGGGAUUCUCACUGUGCAGUCAGCCGGUAACAGCGGUCCAGAUCCAGGGUCAGCUAUUAGCGUAGCUCCAUGGAUCUUAACCGUUGCAGCAAGUACCAUGAACCGUGGGUUUGUCACCAAAGUUGUUCUCGGAAAUGGCAAGACACUUGUUGGGAAAUCACUCAAUGGUUUUGAUUUGAAAGGAAAGAAUUAUCCUCUUGUAUAUGGAGAUUAUAUUGAGGGUUCUCUAGUUCGCGGAAAAAUCUUGGUCAGCGGAUAUUCAGUUAGUUCAGAAUUAGCUGUUGCAUCCAUAAUUAGAGACUACCAAGACUAUGCCACCGUUAGCCCUCGACCCCUCUCUGCUUUAUCACAAGAUGACUUUGACUUUGUUGUCUCUUACGUUAACUCCACAAAGUCCCCGCAAGGUGCUGUUCUAAAAAGUGAACCAAUCUUUACUCAGAAAGCUCCCAAGGUUGCGUCCUUCUCUGCUCGCGGUCCAAACACCAUUGCAGUUGAUCUUUUAAAGCCAGAUGUAACAGCACCAGGAGUGGAAAUUCUUGCUGCCUAUUCACCUUUGGCUUCACCAUCUACCGAUAAGAGCGACCAAAGACAUGUGAAAUACUCUGUUCUAUCCGGAACUUCUAUGGCUUGUCCACACAUUGCAGGCGUGGCUGCAUACAUCAAGACUUUUCAUCCGGAAUGGUCUCCUUCCAUGAUCCAAUCUGCCAUCAUGACAACCGCUUGGCCGAUGAACUGUACUGAAACUGGGAUCGCAUCAACAGAGUUUGCUUAUGGAGCUGGACAUGUCGACCCAGUAGCCGCUCUGAAUCCUGGACUCGUCUAUGAACUGGACAAAACAGACCACAUCGCCUUCCUUUGCGGCUUGAACUACACUUUGAAAACCCUUCAGCUCAUUUCCGGUGAAACCGUCACUUGUACUGGCAAGAGCUUAACAAGAAACCUAAACUAUCCUUCAAUGUCGGCUAAAAUUUUGGAAUCCAAUAGCUCCUUCAUCGUGACUUUCAACAGAACCGUGACCAACCUCGGUAGCCCAAACUCUACAUACAAAUCAAAGAUUGUCUUAAAUAACGGAUCUAAGCUCAACGUCAAGGUCUCCCCUAGUGUUGUAUCAAUGAAGUCAGUGAAGGAGAAGCAGUCUUUCACAGUGACUGUUUCAGGGAGCAAUAUAGACCCAAAAUUGCCUUCGUCCGCAAAUCUAAUAUGGUCAGAUGGAACACAUAACGUGAGAAGUCCCAUUGUUGUUUACACUGAGUGAGGCUUUAUCAUCACUUCACCAUAAUCAUCAUAUAAUAAAAAACAAUAUUGUUGUUUGGUUUCUUUAUUCUAGAAUAGUGUUUCAAUCUUAUUUCACAGUUUCAGAUA